AUGCUUGUACCGGAUGAUUAUAACGAUGUUCAUCGUGCAGUAUUGCGUGCCCUUGCUGUACAAGUCAUCGCCACGCUAGAUCCCCAGCACUCGAUGGAGCAGCUUAUUAAAAAUCCGGUAACGCUUCAUAGUUAUGUUUCCAAAAUGCGUGUUAACUGGCCAAGUAUCGCUAAGGAUUUGGGCAUGACCCGCGCAAGUGUCUAUCAUUGGUAUAACGAAACGCAUCUGCGUCGCAUAUCCGGUAUUAAGAUGUCAGCAGAAGACAAGAAAAUAAUUAAGGACGCUAUUAUCCAGGGGAUUGAGACUCAAACAAUUUUAGAGGAUGGUUUUCAACUUACAAUUCGUAAUCUAUUUGAGUCCAAGUAUCCUCGACAGGAGAUUAUGAUGACUUACAACAACAUGCUCAGAAGCCGUGACAUACAGCGUAUUCUGAGCCGCAAGAAAAUUACGCUUCCUACUAAGCGUCACGCGGUUUCUAUUGUGUCAAAAACGAGGCAACAUCCGGCCGAUCAGAAGCCGACUCUUGCUGCCCUUGCGACUGACGGUACUGCCAACUCAGCUGAUCAGCCGGCGACGAACUCGUUUACACAACAACCACCUUUUUCCUCUUCCCAAAUGGUCUCGCAGCCGGUGUUUCCAGUGGGCCUUUCGGCCUUCUCUCCCCCCACGACCGCUGCAACGGCAACUGCUGCUGCUGCUGCCUCUACCUCGCCAGCUCCAAGCCAGGGGCCAGUUGUGCCUACUGCAUGGCAACAGCUGUCUCUUCAGACGCCAGUUGCAGGCCCUGGAUUCUUAAAUCAUCCAUCGGUACCAUACCAGUGGUUAAUGUAUUGGCUCCCGGCUGCUGGCAGUGGUCAGCCGGUAAUGGGUGUGCCCCCUGGCGCUGGCUUCGGCCAGCCAUAUCAAGCAGUCAUGUUCCCUCAGAUGGACCAAGAUGCGUCUUCGGUGUACAAAAACUAA